AUGCUAGGCGUCUUUAGCCAUUUACCCCCAAGCACUGCUUCCGACAAAGACUGUUCCAAGUGCAAGUCCCGACGAAUCCGAUGUGACCGGAGUUUGCCCAAGUGCCGGAAAUGCAUCUCGCGUAAUUAUGACUGUCCAGGCUAUGGGCCGGUGUUCAAAUGGGUCCAAGGGGUGGCCAGUCGAGGCAAACUAAGCGGCCAGGCAAUUCCCGUGCCCAAGAAAAAUGAGAACGGGGAAGAAGAGCUCAGGGAAUGUCGCACUCCGCAUCACUCUCAGCUGCAGAAUGCGGAGCUGACGGGAUCGGAGAUCUACAUUCAAUUAGAGAGUCCGGCAGAAGCCCUCUUGUCCCACUUGCUAGCUCAUUUUGACCAGCAUGUCGCGACAAGGCUUGCAUGGGUGGAUGGGCCCGACAACCCCUGGCGAAACAUCGUCAUGCAAUUGACGCAUUCGUCUCCGGUAGUCCUCUACUCUGUUCUCGCAAUGGCUUCGGAAGACUUGAUCCUUCGCUAUGAGAGUGGGCACCGCCUGCGCCGCCUGCAGGCGGCUUCGUUGGACUAUAAAAGCAAGACCCUGUCGUUGCUCGGACAGCAGCUGGACAUGCUGCCACGAAACGGCUUGGGGUCGCCCGGGCAUACCCACCAAGCACGAUAUAUUCUCGCCGCAAUUCUGCUUCUGUACAACGUGGAGCUGCUGACGGCAGAAGAUGCGCGUUGGCGAGUACACAUUCAAGGGGCGCGCGCGGUCAUCCAAUGGAUGUCCCAGGUCGUCGCUCGUCGCAAUGUGGAAGACCAAGUGGAUGUCUUUCUGCUCUAUGAGUACUACUAUUCUUCAGUGUUCAUGGGGCUGACGACUUUCGACCCUUCGGAGGACAUCUCGAAAACAAUUCAAACCUACGAUACGUUAACCGUAUUCAGCGACUUUGUUCAAGUCAUGCAGACUGUCACUCGUGCUGAGCGGGAGAACCACGCUGGGAACCCCGACGCUAUCCUGCCCACACUGGAGGGUAUCAUGGAGGAGAUCGAUGCGGCGAAAUCCAGGACCUUGCUGCUCAGCCAGCGUAUUCAAUUUCGGUCGGCUGACGCACAGCGAGAUUUCGACCAUCUCUCCUCCAUGUACUACCAUGCGUGCUUGAUAUAUAGUCAUCGGGUCCUAGGGGAUAGUUCCGCCGAAGAACCGUGCAUUUUCAUAUCGCGUGAUGCAGUGCUGGACCACAUCUCUUGUCUGGCCCACAGCACGUCGUUUGCCCAGGAUCUGGUCUGGCCACUUUUCAUCGCUGGCACUGAGUGCAGAGGAUGUCCCGCCAAACAGGCGACGGUGGAACGUGCAAUGCUGGCCGUGAUGCGGAUCAGUGGCCGGCUGGACCGCGACCGCGUGCUGGCCUUUUUGAAGACAUACUGGGAAACAAAGUUGAGUCCCGAUGUAACCUGGAUUCGGUUCGCCCGGUCCAGAGCAGCGGAUUGUCGUUUUCUGAUCAUCUGA